GUUUAAUUUGUGUUUGAGUUCAAUACUUAGUGAAACAAAACAGUACUUAACAUAAUAAUUAUUAUUAUUUCCUGUAAAUGGAAAGUCAAUAAUAUUAUUGGUUCUUUUUAUUAGUAAUUUCGAAACUAAAUAAACUUAUAAGGUUCCAUUUCAAAAAAAAAAAUUGAAGUAAAGGAGCUCACGUCCAAAUGCAGAAAAUGCCCUCACAAGUAUUACAAGAUGGCAGUAACAAUGUCAAUGAGAUCAAAGUUAAAACUGCUUACAAUGGAGAAAUUAUGAUAACCUAUAUCAAUGAAAAAAUUACUUAUGAUAAAUUAUGCCAUGAAAUUCGAGGGAUUUGUCGUUUUUCACCUGAUCAACCUUUUACAAUCAAAUGGGUUGAUGAAGAAAAUGAUCCGUGUACUAUCCUAGAUCAGUUAGGAUUAAAUGAAGCUAUUCGUUUAUAUGAAUUAAAUCGUGAUUCUGAGUUGGUCAUACAUGAUCGUUAUUAA